AUGGAGAUCUGGGGUGGUGAGAACAUCGAGAUGUCUCUGCGUGUUUGGCAAUGCGGUGGCAAACUUCUUAUUGUUCCUUGUUCCAGAGUUGGUCAUGUAUUCCGACGCAAUUCGCCAUACUCGUGGCCUGGUGGUGUAACCAAUAUCCUUUCCAAGAACACCUUGCGCACUGCCCACGUCUGGAUGGACGAUUACAAGAUCUUUCCACUUAAAUCUAGUGCGUAUCACUUUAAUAUUUAUUUACCUGCUUUUGAAUAG